AUGUACUCUCCCUUAGGCCUGUCUCUUGCACCCUUCAUCCGCCGACACAGGUCUCUGUACAGAUGGAUUAAGCCCUUCGCAACCUGGUACGCCGACCUGUCUGGCUACAGGAAAGUGGGCUACAAAUACGACGACCUCCUCGUGGAGGAGCGCGACGAUGUCCAAAGGGCCUUGGGACGCCUGACACCGCGUGAAGCGUACGACCGCGCCUACCGCCUUAAAAGGGGGUCGCAGAGCAGCGUGCUUCACGAGAAUCUUCCUAAGAGCGAGUGGCUCAAGCCCGAAGAGGACGUGCGGUAUCUCAAGCCCCACGUAGUUGAGGUCGAGAAGGAAGACAAGGAGAGAAGCGCAUGGGAUCAUAUGGCCGUUGGAAAGAAAUAA